AUGGCGGGAAUAAUUGGACAUAUGGAUCCCUUUGAUGAAACCGAGACAGCGGCGCGCGACGUGCAGCAGUUAAGUGGCUCGCUCAAAGUGAACGCGGUGUUUUCCCCAAAAUGCCGCCGUUGCGGGAAAACUAACCAUACUGAUGAGGACUGCUGGUACAAAGAUCGUGACUGCCACCAGUGUGGGAGGAAAGGCCACACUAAGCUCAUGUGUAAGAGCAAAGCCAAAAGCAACCGAGACAGAGAAUGGAAACAGAAAGUGGAAAAACCUGAACAGAAAGCCUAUGCAUCUCGAACGCUCAGCAAGGCGGAACAAAACUACGCCCAGAUCGAGAAGGAGGCGCUAGCGAUAGUCUUUGGAGUACGCAAGUUCCACCAGUACCUCUAUGGUAACAAGUUCACCCUACUCACUGACCAUCGCCCGCUGACCUCCAUCCUGAGUCCAUUGAAAAGUACACCGUCAAUGGCUGCCGCCCGAAUGCAGCGCUGGGCGCUCCUCCUAGAUGUAAGCCCUAUCUGUUGCGCCCGUCAUGAUCUCACAAUACAACAGGGAUGCCUUAUGUGGGGUGUGAGAGUGGUCGUGCCACCUAAACUGCACCCCCGGGUUCUGGAAGAGCUACACUUAGCACAUCCAGGUGUAGUGAGGAUGAAGAGCUUGGCACGCAGUUAUGUUUGGUGGCCUGGCAUAGACUCUCAAAUUGAGCUCAAGGCCAAAUCUUGCCACUCCUGUCAGAGCGUACAAAAAGAGCCUGGGCUAGCACCUCUACACCCUUGGAUGUGGCCCUCCAGUCCUUGGGAAAGGAUACAUGUGGACUUUGCAGGUCCAUUUGAAGGACAUAUGUACUUGGUCGCUGUGGAUGCACAUUCUAAGUGGCCUGAGGUGCACAUCAUGGACAGCACCACUGCCAGCAUGACCAUUCAAGUGCUCAGGGGCCUUUUUAGUUGCUAUGGCAUUCCACACAUUCUUGUGAGUGACAACGGACCACAGUUCUGUGCUGAAGAAUUCAGUGUGUUCCUGAAGUCCAAUGGAGUCAAGCACAUCCGCUCAGCGCCAUACCAUCCUGCCACCAAUGGCUUGGCCGAACGCUUUGUGCAGACGUUCAAACAUGCCUUAAAAGCAUCCAAAGGCAUAGCACGUGUGCGUCAGCGACUUGAUGCGUUUCUACUGACUUACCGAAACACCCCUCACGCAACAACGAAAGAAACGCCGGCUAUGUUGUUCCUCGGGUGCAGGCUGCGUUCUCGACUGGAUUUCCUGAAACCCAGUGUUGCUGGAGCAGUUCACAGGUCACAGGAUGCCCAACAACAACGCCGCCAACGUCACUCUAGGGCCAGACAGUUUGAUGUUGGGGAGCCAGGCCUUAUUCCCCCUGCGGGCUGGUGGCUGAUGGGCAGUGACCUGGUAACGGCUGAGAGCAAAAGUCCUGCGUGCCAGUCCUGGUCAGCUCUGGUCCCGGCCCGCAGCCCUGCGGCUCCCAGGCCCUCUCGCCUGGCCUUCGCCAAGCCCCGCAGAUGUGCCUACAACACAGGAAUUCAGUCUGAGGCUGGGGCCAAACACAGCCCAGCCAGCGGCCAGUCCAGGAGGAGGAUGGAGGAGGCGGCGAAGCACGUCCAGGGCGAGGAGGAGCCACAGUCUGAGAGAUUCAGGAGGAGGAAGAGGAGGAGGAGGAAGAGUUAA